AAAAGGUGUCUUUUUAACGCCUGCCAGCGGCCGGCGCUAAUUCAUAUUUCUUGCCUUGCUCAUUGCCAGUCUUUACUUUGUGAAUUUCGAUUUCAGCUUUCUCUUAAAAUGCAAAUUCAUAGACUUUCAGUUCCAAAUAACACUCUUAUUCCGCCCGCUUUGUCCUCUCCUCAUAUUCUUUACUCGUCUUUAUCUUCAUUACACCGCCCCACCAAACUUCUUCUGAAUCCAAGUUCAAAAGCUGGGUUUUGUAAUUCACUCAAAAGACUAUCCAAAUCACUUACUUGUUUGAGAAAACAUGGUGGUUCAAUUCGUGUCAGCUGUGGAGCGGCUCAAGAUAAUGAGGAUGCCUUUUAUAUGAGGAGAUGCGUUGAGCUAGCGAGAAAGGGAAUUGGGUGUACAAGUCCCAAUCCAAUGGUGGGUUGUUUGAUUGUUAAAGAUGGAAAGAUUGUUGGUGAAGGGUUUCAUCCUAAAGCUGGACAGCCACAUGCUGAGGUGUUUGCUCUGAGAGAUGCUGGGCACUUGGCUGAGGAUGCAACAGCAUAUGUGAGCUUGGAACCAUGUAAUCACUACGGAAGAACUCCACCAUGUACUGAAGCUCUGAUUAAAGCUAAGGUUAAGAAAGUGGUGGUUGGAAUGGUGGAUCCAAACCCAAUUGUAGAUUCAAAGGGGUUAGAUAGGCUGAGAGAUGCUGGAAUUGACGUGACCGUGGGUGUAGAAGAAGAAUUGUGCAAGCAGCUCAAUGAGGCCUUUAUUCAUCAAAUGUUAACAGGGAAACCUUUUGUGACAGUAAGGUAUUCUCUUUCUGUCAAUGGCCAUCUUCUGGACCAACUUGGAGAUGGAGUUACUAAGUCUGGUGGAUACUACUCGCGGUUGUUACAAGAAUACGAUGCAGUUAUACUGUCUGCCUCAUUGACUGAGAAGUCCUCAAUACCUGAAUCGCAUGAACCUGGUGCUAAUCAACCCCUUAAGAUUAUAACGGCUACUAAUUCUAGUUCUCAAAUUCAAUUGCCUCUUCUCACUGAAGAAACUGCUUCUAGAGUAAUAGUAUUUACCAGCAAAGAGGCAAUUUUGGAAAAUGAAACUGCUAAAAGAGGAAUUGAAACAGUGGUUUUGAAUCAAGUAACUUUAAACGCAAUCCUAGAAUACUGCAAGCGCAAGGGAUUGAACAGUGUUUUACUGGAUUUGAGAAGUGAUUAUGCCGACCUUGAAAUGCUUCUCAGAGAGGGUAUUGAACAAAAUAUUAUGCAAAAGAUCAUGGUGGAAGUCUUGCCUGUAUGGAAUGAAGGGGAUGAUGGGAAUGCGCUUGCCCUACUAAAUGGUUUAAAGAAAGGAUUAGUAGUGAAGAAAUUACAACCUAAGAUAUCAAGUCAGAGCAUUGUUCUUGAGGGAUACCUUCAGUAUGGGUGAUUAGAACCCAUGGACACAGAUUGCAUCAUCUCUGGCUUAAUAGUAGAGUUGGUUUUGGUUAUUGGUGAAUGUCAAAUCGGCAACCUCUCAAGGGAGUUCUUAAAGGAGCUAGUUGGAAUGCAAUGUUAUCUCAUUUUGGUUUGAUUUGAUGCAUAGCUCUUUGUUGGCUUAUCCUAUAUUUUUUCCAGAAUUUCCUGUGAGAGCUUGAACGAUCUUUGUCUGAGAGUAAAUACUAAAAGGUUACAUUUGAGCGCACUUUAUAUACAAAUAUGAAAUUAUGGAAUGCAGUCAGAUUUAAAUUCAAA